AAAUUGUUAAUGCACCCACCGUCGGGUGGAAGGGGUGCCUUUUAGGGUAUAUGCCUAGAGGCAAUGCGAUGAAAAUUGAAAGUGCUCAAUUAAACUCCAAGCAGCGUGCAACAUCAAGACGACGCAGUGCAGCUUCGAACCAACCGGGUAGUAUAAGCUAAGACUUUGCGACUUGCCUGUUCAUAGACUAUUCGGCAGUACGCCGCUCUUGUUAGCUAGUGUAUUCGUCAUAUUUUGAUGUCGGCGUUUUCUACGGCUUUGUUAGCGCCGUCGCAGUCGCAGCCUUUGUCAAUGUGUUGUUAAAUAUUGUCGACGCCACAUCGUAGUUUUCUGAUUGCUAAGGUAGUCUAGUGGUGGUCGUUCGCAUUAGAGGACGUCGUUGUCAUUGCGUUAAUUUGAAAAGAUUACGAUUGGAAACGUACGAGUGGAAAACAAGCAAAAUCGUGAAAAAUAAGUUGCGAGCGUUUGUCGCUAACGUCGACAUAGUGACGGUGUAGGGAUUCAUUUUUAUUAAAUUGCUUCAAGCAGAUUUUCCAAAGCGAAUUCUAAGUUAAUGAAUUUUUUGUAAUUAAAUUUUGUGCCGUGUUUUAACCUGUCAUAUAUGUUGUCAUCACUGACUCACUCCGCACCGUUCGUUGUGAGUCGCAAAUCACUGCUGCAUACCGGCCAAAAUAUUAACCUGGCAAACGUCAUCAACUACAUUGCACGCGCCAGAAAGCCAUUGAAAAGAAAUAGCAAAAAAUAUCACUGACAAACUAGUCUACUCUACUCUGCUCAAUAUUGUGUGUGUGCACCUUUAGCGGGAGCUAUUUAAUUAAUUUCUUAAAAUAUUGUAAAAAAUCAUAAAAAACAUACAUAUUCAGCCACAAAGCAAAAAACAAAUAUUUACUAAAUCCGCUUUGGCCUACAAACUAUGGCUGAUUUAAUACGUUUAGGGAAUGUGGAUGCUGCCAUACAUAAGGAUAAACUUGGUUCACCGACUGGGGGCUUAGAUGACGGUAAUUUAGCAGCUUUUGGUAUAAACGCACUAAUGGCCACAGGAGGUAUCGACAUGGGUGACUUGGCCCAGGAAUUAGAUCAGGAUGAGUUUGAUGGUCCAAAUAUGUUGAAUGGUGAACGACCAGCCAUAAUUGCGCCACCGGAGAGUGAAUGGUAUCAUGGGCGUUUGGAUCGUUAUUCUGCUGAAUCGCGACUACGCGGAACUGGCAAAUUAGGCAGUUAUUUGGUUCGUGAAAGCGAUCGCAAGCCUGGUUCAUAUGUAUUAAGCUAUUUAGGACGCACUGGCAUUAAUCAUUUUCGCAUUACUGCCGUGUGUGGUGAUUUCUAUAUUGGUGGACGUCAAUUCGUGUCGUUGAGCGAUCUCAUUGGCUAUUACACCUCAUGCAGUGAUUUGUUGAAACGUGAGCGCCUGGUGCUACCAGUGCCGCCGCCGGAGCCGGUGAACGAUAAGAAGCGUGUUGUGGCACAUUUACCCUAUACCAAGAUGGCUGACACAGAUGAGUUAAGCUUUCAAAAGGGUGAUAUAUUUUUUGUGCACAAUGACAUGGGCGACGGUUGGUUGUGGGUGACAGCUCAUCGCACUGGAGAGCAGGGCAUGAUUUUCCGUGAACUAGUCGAGGAUUUGGAUCCGGCAAUCGACCCAAAUACGGUGUUUCCUUGGUUCCAUCCAAAUUGCACUAAAAAUGAAGCCGUUGACAUGCUGGUGAAAGCCGGGCCAGGCAGUUUUCUUGUGCGCCCAAGCGAUAAUUCGCCUGGCGAUUAUUCACUCUUCUUUCACAUUAAUAAUCAAAUCCAGCGCUUUCGCAUUGAAAAGAAAGGCGUACGUUAUCUGAUGGGCGGGCGCACUUUCGAGUGCUUGGAUGCGGUGAUCAAUCGCUAUCGCAAAGAGCAAAUCGUCGAGGGUCACUCACUCAGUCAUCCAGUGGUUAACGGUUCACAGCCUGAAUUCAAUCAACAGUUUGUGGUGGAGAAGGCAGCCGAAAAAAUUUAUGCCACUCUGCGCGAAUGUCGCGAUCAAAUCGGUUUGAAGAAGUUAAACGGCAUCAAACAUCACGGCCCUUUGUUCAAGAAGUCUGAUAAAACAGCCAAAUGGAAACAAUUAUACUUUGCGCUUAUCAGCGAGGGCAGCGAAACACAUCUCUGCUUCUAUGACAAUCCGAAAAAGACUAAACCGAAGGGUCUCAUCGAUCUAUCGUGUGCGUAUUUAUACCAGUGCCAUGAAUCGCUAUGGGAGCGGCCAUAUUGUUUUCAAAUAGUCGAGCGCGCAUUGCCAUGCUUGGCUAACAAUACGUAUCUAUGCGCGACGCAAGAGACGUAUGUAAAAUGGAUCAAUGCGCUCAAAGCGCAAUGCAGUUCACAAUUCAGUCGGGCGCAAAUCAAAGUACCGUGUUUGCGCGAGUUGCGCUGCCUGAAUUUACAUGUGCUCGAGGCGCAUAAGCUGCCAUUCAAAUUGGUGCCGCAUCCGUACUGCAGCAUCUCGUUGAAUCAAGUGAAGGUGGGUAAGACACGUGUGAAGAUCGCGCCCGAUCCAGUGUGGGAGGAGGAAUUCGUUUUGGACGAUGUGCCUCCGGAUGUAGUCUCGCUCACAAUUACGCUCAUAUCGCGUGGCAAACGCGGCAAAGAUUCGGAAGUUGCUGAGCUCACCAUCGAUUUGGCCAGUUUGAAGAACGGUCAAGAGACGGAGGGCUGGCAUCAGCUCACCGGCAUGACACCCAUGGGCGAGUGGGGUUCGUUACGUUUACGCAUGCGCUAUUUGGAUGACUUGAUUAUGCCCUGCGAGGAGUACAGUCCGUUGCAGGAGUUGCUGCUCAAGCCCGAGUUGUGCGUUGUUAAAGCUUUGGCCGAACUUUGUCACAAUGAUCGCGUGCCGCUCGCUACGGCGCUGCUACGUGUAUUCCGUCACGAGAAACGCGAGACGGAACUGAUACGCGUACUUUGCCAGGCGGAAAUCGCACGUGAAAACGAAACGACAACACUAUUUCGCGGCGCUUCACUGGCCACCACACUAAUGGAUUUGCACAUGCGCACUGAGUGCUCGCGCUUCUUGCACGCAGCCGUUUCGGAGACGGUGCAGCGCAUACUCGACAGCAAGCAAUCGGCUGAACUCAAUCCCACCAAGAUGGAUGUGAACGAUGAUGCUUGCUCGAAUGCCGAGUUUUUGUUGCAGAUACUCGAUUCGGUGACGCAUUCGAUAUUCACCUCGCCCGAGGCGUGCCCACGCAGUGUGCGCUACAUAUGUAAUUGCCUACAAAAGGCCGUCGUUGCCAAGUGGCCAACUGAGCGUUUGGUACGCACACGCGUCGUCUCCGGUUUCAUAUUUCUACGUCUCCUAUGCCCGGCACUGCUGAAUCCGCGUCAGUUUGGCCUGGUGAGCGAAACGCCCCCAACCAUGGCUACGCGUUCUUUAAUUAUGGUAGCCAAAUGCUUGCAGAAUCUAGCAAAUCUAAUUGAGUUUGGCGGAAAGGAACAAUACAUGGAGGUGGUCAAUCCGUUUAUAUUGAAGAAUAAGGAACGCAUGAUUGUCUUUCUCGAUCAAUUAUCACUCGUUACGGAUCCAAAUCCACCGCCAGGCAUGUUCAACGAACAAAACUCCAAUCAUACUGUGCAGGAUGUGCAGGACACAGUGCAGGAUACUGGUCGAGAACUGGCCACACUCCAUCACAUUUGCGUCUCUUACUUGCCGGAGUUGCAAGGUCUUUCGAACAUACUCUCCAUUAAGAAAUUGGUCACCGUCACCGACAUGCUGACAAAGCACAAGCUAAAUUAUCGCGAAAAGAUUAGCUAAGAUGAAAAUACCGAUGCAAUCAACAACACCUGGAGUGUAAUAGUCAAACAGUAAUAACUACAACAACAGCAGUCACCAAAAGUCAGAAGUUAGUGUGAAGCAUGAGCAGUUGAAGCAAAUUAAUGAGAACACCAAACAAAAAUUAUUUAUACAAUAGCAAGAACAAUUGAUAACUUAAUGAAAUGCGCGUGUGAAUUCUGCAACACAAGACAUAACAUAAGUAGAAGCUAGGAAAAGCAGUAAGCUAGCCGAAAUAGUGAGCAAAAUGCUGGUCACAAUAACAAAAUAUUUCAUUUAUUCACAUUUUACGUUGCUAAGGCAUUCAAAGUGUCAACUAACUGUAUUUUUUGCAUUUUAGCCUGAACAUUUUAUUUUUAUAUUUUAUUUUUUUUUUU